AUGGAAUCCAUCUCUGGAUCGAUUCCGAAUUCAUUUGCAAACCUAAGUGAUCACCUUGUUUACUUAGAUCUUUCAUCAAAUAAUCUCACGGGUCCCAUACCUUCGUUGCAGGGAUCCAAGAAUCUCACUAGCAUAAACCUCUCUUAUAAUGCUCUGACAGGUCCAAUUCCUUCUUAUCUGUUUUCCCUUCCAUCAAUGCAUGAUAUUGCCCUUCAGGACAACCAAUUCAGUGAAGUUUCUGGAUUUCUUCCAAAAGGUUCCUUGUCUCCUUUGGUUUUACUAGAUUUGACAGGUAACAAACUACAAGGGCCUAUUCCCUCAUACUUGUUUGGCUUUCAAGGUCUCAUUUAUCUAUUACUUUCUUCCAACAACUUAAGUGGCACGAUACAGCUAGAAAGUUUUCAUACGCUUCAAAAUCUUCAAUGGCUUGAGCUUUCACACAAUAGCUUGUCAGUCAAUGCAAGCAUCAGUGACUCUAUCUUAUCGUCCUUUCCCCAACUCAACACUUUAGGAUUGGCUUCUUGCACGCUGCAAAAGUUCCCUCCUCUAAUGAACCAAUCGAUGUUGGGGUUAUUAGACCUUUCCAACAACCAAAUUUCUGGGGUAAUACCCAAUUGGAUUUGGAACGUUGGUGAUAGAUCUCCUAGUGCGUAUGCAAAUCAGCUGAAUCUUUCUGGUAAUCUCCUAGUGGGUUUCCAACGGGAAUACGUUUUUCCUCCUCUUCAAGUCCUUGACCUUCAUUCAAAUCAGCUCUGCGGUGAAAUACCAAUACCGCAAGAUUCAACACGCUAUGUGGACUACUCAAGGAAUAAUUUCAGCUCUUCUAUCCCAGCUGAAAUUGGCAACCGUAUUUCCACAGCAUAUUUCUUCUCUCUUUCACAUAACAUGCUUUCUGGACCCAUCCCUCCAUCAAUAUGCAAUGGGAGCAACCUUGAAGUUCUUAAUUUGUCCAACAAUAGAUUCACUGGCACUAUACCCCAAUGUUUGAUAGAUAAAGGGACUGCGACCCUUCGUGUAUUGAAUUUGCAAAAUAACCUUCUUACUGGUAACCUAAUGGGGAUGUUCCCAAAAGGUUGCACUUUGAGGACACUUGAUUUGAGUGAAAAUCUCUUGGAAGGGCAUGUUCCAAAAUCCCUGGCCAAUUGUGCAAAUGCGGAGGUUAUAAAUCUCGGUAACAACAACAUAAAUGGUAAUUUCCCUUGUUUCUUGGCGAACUUAUCAGAAUUGCACGUUUUAGUAUUACGAUCCAACAAGUUCCAUGGAAAUAUUCGCUGCCAAGGAAUUCAUAAUUAUAUCUGGCCAAAGCUUCAAAUCAUUGACCUAGCUUUGAACAACUUCAGUGGCAUUUUGCCGCCAAAAUUCUUUUCACAAAGAAAGGCAAUGAUGGAUAGGGGUAAUGCAACACCACAUCUCAAUCACUUGGGUUUUGAGUUGAGUUAUGGUACCUACUAUGAGGAUUCAGUGACAGUUAUCAACAAAGGGUUAGAAAUGGAGCUUGUGAAGAUCUUAAAUAUAUUUACCACCAUCGAUUUCUCAAACAACAGGUUCAAAGGAGAAAUACCAUAUAUAGUUGGGGAUCUAAAAUCCCUCUAUGUUCUCAACCUAUCGCACAAUGUCCUCACUGGUUUAAUCCCAUCAUCUGUUGGAAACUUAACAGAGCUUGGAUCACUUGACCUCUCAUGGAACAAGCUUGGAGGAAGCAUCCCGGUGACACUUGCAAGUCUGACAUUUCUUUCAUUCCUGAACUUAUCAUACAAUCAACUCGUUGGAAUGAUCCCAAGAGGCCCACAACUUCAAACAUUUCCAGAAACUUCGUACAAAGGAAACAAAGGAUUAUGGGGAGCUCCUUUGACCGCUUGUUGCAAGGAAGCAGAAUCGGCACCGCCGACAUUGGAUGGUACACAAUCAUAUACCGAAGAGAAUGAGAUUAACUGGGUCUACAUAACUGCUACGUUGGGGUAUACUGUGGGGUUUGGAGUUAUUGUUGGGCCACUUUUAUACUCGAAAAGAUGGAGACAAUACUACUACAAACCUCUUGAUAGAGUUAUUGUGAGGAUUCUCCAUCAUCGAGAGGAGCAAGCAAGACAUCAAAGAAGAAGAAACAACAUAAACCAGCUUCGGAGACGCCAACACCACUGAAGGGCGAUCACGUGGAGGGAACAAGACUUAGUAUUGGGCACUAAGUUGGCUAGCUAUCCUUGUUCUAUGUCAUCUAGUAAUUUCAGUUACUUAAAUUGUGAGUAUGUUAUCAUAUGGCAUGACAUGGUACUUGUCUAUUUUCCGCUUUUCUAGUUGGGCUUAGCAAACCCGAUGAUUUGUAAUAAAUUGAGCUUUGUAUUAUUUAUCUUCCAGUAUUCAAUAAAGACAAGAACUGGCGGAUAUAUUCGAUAA